AUGUCUCUUCCUUAUGAUCAAUGUCAAAAUCGGUUUACUUCUUUUACUAAUUUUCAAAAAUUUAUCAAUACAAAAACCGUUCUUUGUAAAUGUGGUGCAGUUAUUUCACUUGGUAGUAUUUAUCAAAUUUCUAAUUUUCAAAGACAUUCUCAAAAUUAUGUUAAUUAUAUUAUAAGUAGUCCAGCUAGUUUCGGUGGUGAUAAAAGACCUGAAAUUAUAGUAAAAGAACUUUUUCCAGAAAAAUUUUCAGAAAAUACUUCUUUUACUAGAAAAAAACUUAGUAACAAAGAACAAAAAGAAUUUGAAAGAGCGUUAGAAUCUGAAGCAACUUGGCGUUUGGAUAAAGAAAUUUUCACUGUCAAAUUUACUCCUCAUCAUUAUUAUAAUGAACCAUUAUUAAAACUUCUUAAGAAUCCGAAUUUAAGACAAAUUUGGACUUCUACAAAUAAUAAUAGUGAUGAAGAAUUUUGGAUUAAAUUAGCUCAAUUUGGUUUAAGUGGAGCAUUUAAUGGAGAUAGUACUUUUACUGAACUCGUAGCUUUAAUGGUACAAAUUAAAGAAAAAAAAUAUCAGGACGAAUUCGUCGAACUGAUUCUAUUAUAA